AUGACAGGUGAUAAUGAAAAGAUAAUUGGAAGUUACCGUAUUGAGAAGACACUAGGGCAAGGUACUUUUGGCAAAGUUAAGCAAGGGAUUCAUAUUCACACAGAAUAAAAAGUUGCGAUUAAAAUACUUGAGAAGAAAAAAAUAAAAGAUGUUAAUGAUGUGGAGAGAGUAACUAGAGAAAUACACAUCUUGAAGAUAGUUAGACAUCCUAAUAUUAUUUAGUUAUAUGAGAUCAUUGAAACAUAAUCAAAGUUGUAUUUGAUAAUGGAACACUGUAGUAAUGGCGAGCUUUUUGAUUACAUUACAUCUCGUAAUAGAUUGAAAGAGGAAGAAGCUUGCAGAUUAUUCCAGUAACUGAUUGCAGGAAUCGAGUACAUUGGAGAAUUAGGAAUUGCCCAUAGAGAUGUAAAACCUGAGAAUCUUCUUCUAGAUGAUUUCAAAAAUUUAAAAAUUGUUGAUUUUGGACUUAGUAAUACGUUUAAGCCUGGAGAAAAGCUGUCAACAGCAUGCGGAUCUCCUUGCUACGCGGCACCGGAACUCAUCAGAGGUAAAGAGUAUAUUGGACAAAAGGCAGAUAUAUGGAGUGCUGGAGUUGUACUCUAUACAGAAGUUUGCGGAUAUCUGCCAUUUGAAGAUUAAAAUACUUAGAGCCUCUAUUAAAAAAUCUUAAAAGCUGAUUUCAAACUUCCAUCGUUUUUAUCAAAAGAAGUAAAGGAUUUGAUUUUGCAAAUAUUAGUUCCAGAUCCAGAUUUGAGAUUUGGAAUAAAGUAAAUUAAAUAACAUAAGUGGUUUAAUAUUUACAAACCCCCUAAAGAAAUAUCUAAAGGUAUUAAAGUUGGAAUUGAUGAUCAAAAAAUUUACCCGAGUUUGUUGAAAGAGAUGAUGUAAUAAAGUGGUACUAAUGAAAGAUAUACUAGGCAAUGUAUUGAAGCAAACAGACAUAAUGCUGCUACUGCACAUUAUUACUUGCUGCUUAAAAUGAAAUAACUAGAUGGAAAACUGCUGGAUGAUGACAAUUAAGAGGAUGAAACUAAUUAAAAUGAUUCUUAGAUUAUUACAGCUUCUUCAUAGCUAAGAUUAAAUAAAUCUGUAGUUGCACCUAGAACUACAAAGUAUGCUCAGAAUCACUAGUUGAGGAAAAUUGCAGAAGGUUUAGGAGAUAUAAAAGUUAUGAGGUUUCAAAACUCAAGAGAGAAUUCAAUUGAAUGUCCAAAGGAUCAAAGUCCUCCAUAAUAAAAAAUUAAAGGUCUAAAAAUUAAAGCCCCGACACUUUAAGAACCUGAUUUACCAGCUUAUGAUGACUACGGUGCAAGUUCCAUUAAUACAACAUUGAUGAAGCAUCGAGAUUUAAAUAGAAGUUUAGAUCAGGAGUAGAUCUAGCCUUUGGCACAACUAGUACUAAAUGAAUCUUAAACUAUAGGAGCAAUAUUAAACAGAAAUUAAAUGUCUAAUCUAGAUUAGAGUACAAACAGAAUUCGAAUUAAAACAAAAUUUAAAAUGACUCCAUCAAAUCUUAAUAAAUCUUUGAAUGCGGGAAGUUAUACCUCUAAUAUACCAACAAGUAACAACUUUAGAAUGAAAACCUAAAUGAAAAGAAUAAAUAGAGCCAAUCAGGUAAAUUCUAAUUACUCAAAUCGAUUAAAUGAAAUUACACUCAACAAUAACUACAUUAAAAUAGAUUAAAGUAAUUUUUACCCAAGAGAACCUAACAUUACUAAAAUGAGCUUUAACACAAUAUCCAGUCAGUCAAAUCUUCAAUCCAAAAAUACUCGAAGAAAAACUAGUUUUUCAUAAUAUAAGCUUUUCGAUUCUAUUAAUAUUCAAGAAAAUAAUAAUAGCCUUACAUUAGCAGAGAGCAGCUACUUUAAACCUCCUCCUGUUCAAUACGCCUAAUAAAAUACCAUUAAUAUCUUUGAUAACUCAAUAAACAUUGGGUCAAACCACCUUAAUGAGAGCAUUGUAAAGACUCUAAACGCAUACAAUUAAUCAUAAAUUCCAAGAAAUUAUCUCAAUCAAACUGCAGAUCUUUAUGGGAAGCAAAAGAGCUUUAAUCAUUCUUCAAACACAGCCACUCCAAGUGGAGGAGUUAAAUAAGCAGUUUUAUUAAGAAGAAAAACUCCAUCUAUUAAUGUCAAUACAAAAUUUUAAUCCUAUAACUUGACAAACAAUCAAUCUACUCGAUAAAAAUCUAAUAGAGCGUAACCAUCAAAUCAAUUAAAUAACUUUUAAAAUUAUAAUGAGAUGAUUAAGCAAAUGAAUAGUAAUCCAAGUACAACAAGAAGUCAGUCUUUUACCAAGAGAAACAAGCAAAAGAAAGCAGUCCAAGAAAUAAAUUAAGCGAUUGGAAUAUAUCUAUAGGAUAAUCAGACCUAACCACUAUUGUACAAAGGAAAUAAUUACUAGACACAAAGGUUGAAUAAUUAAUAGAGUAUUCCUAUAUAUAAUAUAACUAGGAAAGUUUGA